GGUGCCCUUAAUGAGUGCUGAUUGCUGAUUGCUGAGGGGAGCCCUGGGACAGCCAGGCCCUGCUGAACCUUCCAGAAUCGUGCAGGCCCACUUGGGCUCCUGACAUAAAGCUCCUCUGCCAGACAGUGCUGUUUUUUGGAGGUGCUUUUUUCUCUUCAAAAUUCUUCCUGAGAAGAUGUUUAUCUGCGGAGUAGCUCUGUCCAGAGCUCACUUUGAAAAGCAACCACCCUCCAACUUGAGGAAAUCCAAUUUCUUUCACUUUGUUCUGGCUCUCUACGACAGACAAGGGCAGCCCGUGGAAAUAGAGAGGACGGCUUUUGUGGACUUUGUAGAAAACGAUAAAGAGCAAGGCAACGAAAAGACCAACAACGGCACGCAUUACAAACUCCAGCUCCUGUACAGCAACGGUGUCAGGACUGAACAGGAUCUGUACGUCAGGCUCAUUGAUUCCGUCACGAAGCAGCCCAUAACUUACGAAGGACAGAACAAGAAUCCUGAAAUGUGCAGAGUUCUGCUCACUCAUGAAGUCAUGUGCAGUCGGUGCUGCGAGAAGAAAAGUUGUGGCAACAGAAACGAGACUCCAUCGGACCCCGUGAUCAUCGACAGAUUCUUCUUAAAAUUUUUUCUCAAGUGCAAUCAGAAUUGUUUGAAAACAGCAGGAAACCCACGAGAUAUGAGGCGGUUCCAGGUUGUGCUAUCCACAACAGUGAAUGUUGACGGGCACGUGCUGGCAGUGUCUGACAACAUGUUUGUUCACAACAACUCCAAGCAUGGACGGAGAGCAAGGAGACUGGACCCCUCUGAAGCCACACCGUGCAUCAAAGCAAUCAGCCCAAGCGAAGGGUGGACAACGGGAGGAGCAAUGGUGAUCAUUAUUGGAGACAACUUCUUUGAUGGGCUUCAAGUAGUGUUUGGAACCAUGCUUGUAUGGAGUGAGCUUAUCACGCCUCAUGCCAUUCGAGUUCAAACACCUCCACGUCACAUUCCCGGAGUGGUUGAAGUGACAUUAUCAUACAAAUCCAAACAGUUUUGCAAAGGCGCCCCAGGCAGGUUUAUUUACACAGCUUUAAAUGAACCUACCAUAGAUUACGGUUUUCAAAGACUGCAAAAGGUCAUCCCAAGACAUCCUGGGGACCCUGAAAGAUUAGCUAAGGAAAUGCUGUUGAAACGAGCUGCUGACCUAGUUGAAGCACUGUACGGAACGCCGCAUAACAACCAGGACAUCAUUCUGAAACGAGCUGCAGACAUCGCAGAAGCUCUCUACAGCGUACCGCGGAAUCCCGCGCAGAUCCCUGCGCUGUCCAGCUCCCCGGCGCACAGCAGUAUGAUGGGCAUUAACUCCUACGGCAGCCAGCUGGGGGUCAGCAUCUCAGAGUCAACACAGGGGAACAACCAAGGUUACAUUCGUAAUACAAGCAGCAUCUCACCCCGUGGUUACUCAUCCAGUUCCACACCUCAACAGUCCAAUUAUAGCACUUCCAGCAAUAGCAUGAAUGGCUACAGCAACGUCCCCAUGUCAAACCUGGGCGUUCCAGGCUCACCUGGUUUCAUUAAUGGCUCUCCAACAGGAUCCCCUUAUGGAAUAAUGUCUUCAAGUCCAACAGUUGGCUCCUCCAGCACUUCUUCCAUCCUUCCAUUCUCCUCUUCCGUCUUUCCUGCUGUCAAACAGAAGAGUGCCUUUGCUCCCGUCAUCAGACCCCAAGGGUCUCCUUCUCCUGCCUGCUCCAGUGGCAAUGGAAAUGGGUUUAGAGGUAAGAAAUGUACAAUUGAUAUUCAGCUGGCACAUACAAAGCACACUGUAUUAGCCUAGGUAAAUAUAAUAAUCACCUGAAAGACCAUUACACUAUUAGGGGACUCGACAGUGAAAAUCUGACCCAACUGGAUUAAACCACUGCUCCAAGUUUUGUCUAUUUCAUGUUAAAACAAUGAGGGACAGAUACAUAUUUAUACCAAGAAGGAUUUGACCCAAGCUUCAUUUAAAUACCAGCUCUUUUGUGAGGAAUGGCUUCUCCUUAAGCUGCAGGGACUUGUAAAACAAAUGUCUGCCCCGCGGAGUUAAUAGACAGCUCUGUACACAAUGGCCAAUGUCUUGAAACCUGCUGCAAGGUUUAGGCUCAUGCAGGGAAUUAAGCCCUAUAGUACAUUUACAGCCUUUUUAAAGGUGAUCUGCAAAACAAAUGUGAGUAUUAAGAUAAGAAUGGAAACCUGUACUAAAUUCUAUGCUUUAACGGGCUGUGGAGGGGAGGGGGGGUGUGUGCAGCACAUAAAUACACUCCAAGUCUCCAUAAAAGAAAGCUUUUAUAGGGCCUUAGAAGUCAUCUGGCUCCUUCAGACUUCACUAGAGAUAUCAUAGAACAAAAACAAAUCUGGGAACUCAGCCAUGCCAAGAGCCAGUGGUAAUUCUAAAAAUGAGUCCUACAAACCGCACCUGUUGAUUUGGGUGCAUUAUAAAUCCUUAGCUAGGCCACAGAGACUUACAUAAACUGUGAUUAUUUUAUAUAAUAAGGAAAUUUUAGGUGUGCUGAACAAAAAUAAUUACAUUUUUAAAAGCUAACAUGCAGAAUUCUGCUGUAUAUGUGAAACAGCUUC